CGCACAGUGUUUUUGCUUCGUCUCUUUCAAACCGCGGAGAGACUCUUUCUUUUACAGCCUCGGUUUUUCCUCCCGGUUUGGACUUUUGCGCUUCACCCGAUGCUCGUGUGUUUGUGCUCGAUCUCGAGGAGCGGCGCGAGGCUCGGGGACGCGGAACGCGCCGAAAGCGGAGAGUUUUUGGACGCGUUUUAUUGCGCAUGUUCAUGAACCGCCCGAAUGAACGCGGAUCAAUAAAACACUGAGAUCUGAUCAAAACACGCGCAUCGGCGGCAAAACGCGACAGCGGAUCCGUUCUGUGAGACUCGAGUCCGGCGAGCCGAACCCGAUCGGGCCGAUCGAUACCUCAUCGAUAUCUGAUCGAUCGCCGAGGAACCCGGAGGAGAUGCGCGUCCACUGAUCGCCUCAGGGAUCGAUAUCUGAUCGAUAACGCAUGCUGACGGACCCUCGGCGCUCCGCUGCUGUCUGGAGGAUGCGAUGGUCACAUUAGGCAGGUGUUGUGCUCUUCCUCCUCAUCCUCCUCCUCCUCCUCUGGCUGGAUGCUUUGAGCCGGUGUGUCGGAUCAGGUGGAUGUGAGACACACACAAACACACACUCACACACACACACACACACGCACGCACACACACACACACACAUCAUGCAGGCUGCGCCCUUCCAGUAUGAUUUCUACAGUGAGGAGAACGCGCCCAAAUGGAGAGGAUUGCUGGUGCCGUCACUCAACAAGGUGCUGAAUCAGGUGCACCCGAAGCUGUCGUCCCAGCAGGAGGCGCUGCAGUACAUCGAGGGCCUGAUCCUGGUGCUGCUCAACACUCUCUGUCAGGCUCAGCCGCGCACCGUACAGGACGUGGAGGAGCGCGUGCAGAGGAGUUUCCCGCACCCCAUCGAGAAAUGGGCCAUCGCAGACGCUCAGGCCGCUAUAGAGAAGAGGAAGAGGAGGAACCCGCUGGCGCUGCCCGUCGACAAGAUUCACCCGCUCCUCAAGGAGGUUCUGGGUUAUAAGAUCGAUCAUCAGGUGUCGGUGUACAUCGUGGCGGUGCUGGAGUACAUCUCUGCCGAUAUACUGAAGCUGGCCGGAAACUACGUGCGAAACAUUCGCCACUAUGAGAUCUCGCAGCAGGACAUCACUGUGGCCAUGUGUGCCGACAAGGUGCUGAUGGACAUGUUCCAUCAGGUGGAGGAGGACAUCAGCGUGUUUCCUCUGAUGGACGAGGAGCCGUCGGCGGCGGAGGAGCAGGCCUACUACGACCUGGUGAAGGCCUUCAUGGCGGAGGUGCGUCAGUACCUGCGCGACCUCAACCUCAUCAUCAAGGUGUUCCGCGAGCCCUUCGCCUCCAACGCCAUGCUGUUCUCCCCUCACGACGUGGAGAACAUCUUCAGCCGGAUCGUGGACAUCCACGAGGUGACGGUGAAGCUGCUGGGGCUCAUCGAGGACACGGUGGAGAUGACGGACGAGGGCAGUCCUCACCCGCUGGUGGGCAGCUGCUUCGAGGAUCUCGCUGAGGAGCUGGCCUUUGACCCCUACGAGACGUACGCACAGGACAUCCUGCGCAGCGGCUUCCACGACCACUUCCUGAGUCAGCUGUCCAAACCCGGAGCCGCCAUCUACCUGCAGUCCAUCUGUGAAGGGUUCAAAGAGGCCGUGCAGUGUUUACCGCGGUUACUCCUCACGCCCGUCUACCACUGUCUGCAUUACUUCGAGAUUUUAAAGCAACUGGAGGAGAAGAGUGAGGAUGAGGAGGAUAAAGAGUGUCUGAAACAGGCCAUUACAGCCCUACUGAACCUGCAGAGCAGCAUGGAGAGAAUCUGCUCAAAGAGCCUCGCCAAGAGACGCCUCAGCGAGUCGGCGUGCCGCUUCUACAGUCAGCAGAUGAAGGGCAAACAUCUGGCCAUCAAGAAGAUGAAUGAGAUCCAGAGGAACAUCGACGGCUGGGAGGGCAAAGACAUCGGCCAGUGCUGCAACGAGUUCAUCAUGGAGGGGACGCUCACGCGGGUCGGCGCCAAACACGAGCGCCACAUCUUCCUGUUCGACGGACUCAUGAUCUGCUGCAAGUCCAACCACGGCCAGCCGCGUCUGCCGGGAGCCAGCGCCGCCGAGUACCGCCUCAAGGAGAAGUUCUUCAUGAGGAAGGUCCAGAUCAACGACAAGGACGAUAAAGAGGGCGAGUACCGGCACGCCUUCGAGAUCAUCCUGAAGGACGGGAACAGCGUGGUGUUCGCCGCUAAAUCGGCGGAGGAGAAGAACGGCUGGAUGGCGGCGCUGAUCUCGCUGCAGUACCGCUCCACGCUGGAGCGCAUGCUGGACACGGCCAUGCUGCAGGAGGAGAAGGAGGAGCAGAUGAGGCUCCCCGGGGCCGAGGUGUACCGCUUCGCUGAGCCAGACUCCGAGGAGAACGUCGUGUUCGAGGAAAACGUCCAGUCCAAGUCCGGCAUUCCCAUCAUCAAAGCCGGAACGGUGCUGAAGCUCAUCGAGAGGCUGACCUUCCACAUGUAUGCCGAUCCCAAUUUUGUCAGGACGUUUCUGACCACGUACCGAUCGUUCUGUAAACCUCAGGAGCUGCUGGAUCUGCUCAUGGAGAGGUUUGAGAUUCCCGAACCCAAACCCACAGAAGCGGAUCAAAUGGCCAUGGAGAACGGAGACCAGCCGCUGAGCGCAGAACUCAAACGCUUCCGCAAAGAGUUCGUUCAGCCUGUACAGCUCAGGGUGUUGAAUGUGUGCAGGCACUGGGUCGAGCACCAUUUCUAUGACUUUGAGAGAGACGCUCAGUUGCUCCGGCGACUGGAGGAGUUUAUCGGCAUGGUCAGAGGUAAGGCCAUGAGGAAGUGGGUGGAGUCCAUCACGAAGAUCAUCCAGAGGAAGAAACAGGCUCAAGCCAACGGCCCCAGUCACAACAUCACGUUUGAGAGCUCGCCGCCGCCCAUCGAGUGGCACCUGUGUAAAGCGGGACAGACGGAGCAGUUUGACCUCAUGACCCUUCACCCCAUUGAGAUCGCCCGACAGCUCACGCUGCUAGAGUCCGACUUCUACAGGGCGGUUCAGCCGUCAGAGCUGGUGGGCAGCGUUUGGACUAAAGAAGACAAGGAGAUCAACUCCCCGAACCUGCUGCGAAUGAUCCGCCACACCACCAACCUCACGCUGUGGUUCGAGAAGUGCAUCAUAGAGACGGAGAACGUGGAGGAGCGUGUGGCCGUCAUAUCGCGCAUCAUCGAGAUCCUGCAGGUCUUUCAGGAGCUCAACAACUUCAAUGGCGUUCUGGAGGUGGUGAGCGCCAUGAACUCAUCGCCCGUCUACAGACUCGACCACACCUUUGAGCAAAUCCCGAGCAGGCAGAGGAAGAUUCUGGAGGAAGCUCAUGAACUCAGUGAAGAUCAUUAUAAGAAGUAUCUGGCUAAACUCAGGUCCAUCAACCCUCCGUGUGUGCCCUUCUUUGGGAUUUAUUUAACAAAUAUUCUGAAAACUGAGGAGGGAAAUCCAGACUUCCUGAAGAGACACGGCAAAGAGCUGAUCAACUUCAGCAAACGGCGGAAAGUGGCGGAAAUUACCGGGGAAAUCCAGCAGUACCAGAACCAGCCGUACUGCUUACGUGUGGAAAACGACAUACGGAAGUUCUUUGAGAACCUGAACCCGAUGGAGGACAUGACGGAGAAGGAGUUCGCCGACUACCUGUUCAACAAAUCUCUGGAGAUUGAGCCGCGUAACGCUCGCACGCUGCCUCGAUUCACGAAGAAGUACAACUAUCCUCUGAAGUCUCCGGGCGUUCGCCCGUCCACCGUCCGCCCGGGAACCAUGCGGCAUCCGACGCCGCUGCAGAACGAGCCCCGUAAGAUCAGCUACAGCCGCAUCCCGGACAGCGAGACGGAGAGCAGCGCCGCUUCAGCGCCCAACUCGCCCCGCACACCGCUGACGCCUCCGCCCGCAUCCGCCGCGUCCAGCUCCACCGAGGUCUGCAGUGUGUUCGACUCCCCGCAGGCGCCGUCCAGCCCCUUCCACUCCAACAGCGACACUAUAUUCGCUCCGGUCGCUCUGCCGCACGGCCCACGAUCUUCUUCGGUGUCGUCGAUGGUGAGUUUCCUCCGGAACGACGACCCUCCCGUUCCUCCGCCCAUCCCGCCCCGACGCCGGCCCGAAUCCGCGCCCGCGGAAUCGUCGCCCUCGAAGAUGAUGUCGAAGCACCUGGACAGUCCUCCGGCGAUCCCGCCGCGUCAGCCCACCACCAAGGUGUACUCGCCCCGUUACUCGCUCACGGAGCCGCCCGACAGCCCGCCCACCCUGCCGCCGCGGGAGCCCGUGCGAACGCCGGACGUCUUCUCGAGCUCCCCGCUGCACCUGCAGCCUCCUCCGCAGGGCCGGCGCUCCGAACUGAGCCAGACCUUCUUCCCGCCGUCCCCCUUCAGCCCGCACCCGCCGCAGACGCCCUCGCCGCUGGGCCCGCGCAAACACAUGCCCUCGCCGCUGCCGCCGCCCGCCCUGGACUGCGAGCCUCAGCAGGGAGCCGCCGGACCGCCCGUCCCGCCGCGCCAGAGCACGUCGCAGUCGCCCAUCCCCAAACUCCCGCCCAAGACCUACAAGAGGGAGACGGCUCAUCCGUCGGUCCACCGCGACGGGCCGCCGCUCCUGGAGAACGCCAACCCCUCGUAGAGCGACGACGGACGCGCUUACAGACAGUGUUGGAGACUGAACGAAAAUAGACGAAAGCAACAUGUGCCCUUAAAGGGACAGUUCACCCGAAAAUGAGAACCCUGUCAUCGUUCACUCUCCCUUGUGUCGUUCCAAACCUGUGUAUGAGUUUCUUUAUUCUGCUGAACACAAAACAUGAUAUUUUGAACAAUGUUGGGAACCAAAAAGCUGAUGGUACCCAUUCACAUCCAUAGUGUUUUUUGUACAUAUAAUGGAAAUCAAUGGGAACCAAAAACAUUUUAACAACAUUCUUCAAAAUAACUAGAAGAUACUUAUGAGAACCCAAAAAUGAUAUUUUGAAGAAAGUCAGGAACCAAAAAGCUGAUGGUACCCAUUCACUUCCAGUAUUUUUGCUCAUAUAAUUGAAAUCAGUGGGAACCAAAACUGUCUGGUCACCAGUGUUCUUCAAAAUAUUUAGAAGAACGCAAAAGAAGAUAUUUUGAGAAAUGUGAGUAACCAGAAAAUUAAUGGUACCCAUUGACUUCUAUAGUAUUUUUGGUGCGUAUAAUGGAAGUCAGUGGUAACUGAAAUUGUUUUGUUACCAAUUUUCUGCAAAAAAUUAUUUUUUUGUGUUCUUCCAAUUGUUUUCUUUUUUUUCAAUAUUUUGAAGAAUGCAAGUAACAAAACAGUUGACGGUACCCAUUGACUUCCAUAGUAUUUAUGGUCUAUAUAAUGGAAGUCAGUGGGAACCAAAAGCAUUUUAACAACAUUCUUCAAAAUAAUUAGAAGAACCAAAAAUGAUAUUUUGAAGAAAACUGGGAACCAAAAAGCUGAUGGUACCCAUUCACUUCCAUAGAAUUUUUUGCCCAUGUAAUGAAAUCAGUGGGAACCAAAACGGUGUGGUUACCAGUGUUCUUCAAAUUAUUUAGAAGAACACAAAAGAUGAUAUUUUGAGAAAUGUGAGUAACCAGACAAUUGAUGGUACCCAUUGACUUCCAUAGUUCAUAUAAAGUUCAUGGUUCAUAUAAUGGAAGUCAGUGAUAACUGAAAUUGUUUUACCAACAUUCGUCAAAAUACCUGUUCCGUGUUCAACAGAAGAAAGAAACUCCUACAGGUUAGUAAGGACACAAGGAUGAGUAAAUGAUGACAGAAGUUGAAUUUUGGGCGAACCGUCCCUUUAAAAUCGUCCUUCCGAGACGACGAUUGUGUUUCCAUAAAGUGCAAAUCACGCCCGUUCGGGACUCUCUGUAUUGUUUUUUUUGUCUUUCGUGUAGCUGUUUUGUCUCAUGUUCGAUUCAUUUCACGGCUCGGUCGGUUUCGAGCAGUCGUCACCGUCUGCGAUCGGCCGAUUCUCCUCCUGAACGCAGACUGAGAAACAAACAAACCUGCUGGAUGACAGACUAAACGGAGCAGCUCUUCCGGCGACGGAGAGCGUCCUCUCGAUUAUUUCCGGUGCCGAGAGCGUCCGCUAAAGGGACUGCGGACGCCGCUGACGUUCUAGACUCGUGAGGCUCGUGAGCCAGUAGACUGAAGAGUACCGGGAGUUUAAGGUACCCUCACACCAAAGAGGUACUGGAGAAACCUUCAAGAAACACACGUGAUUGUCCUGUAUGUGUUAGAACUUUUAUUUUCUCAAUCAUUUCUUGUUUUGCCAAUAAGUAUGUAAAGAUGAAACGAUCGCCUUCUUAAAACAAGGGAAUAAAAGUGUUUCUACCACUGUAUGCCAAA